ACCUUGUACGUCAAGCAACGUUAGUAUCAGAUAUGACUGUAACCAUAAAAAAUAUAAAAAAUGUCGAUGAGCAGAUUGUUACAAACAAUAGCUCGCCAUCGUCUAACGGUACUUUAUUACAUGGAAUUGAAUUAUAUUUGGUUGUUUUUGGUCUAGGAUGUGCCAUAUUUUUAGCCAACUUAGAUGAAACAAUUGUUUCAACCGCUUUACCUAGAAUAGUUUCAGAUUUUAAUGGAUUGGAUCAAAUCGCAUGGGUUUCAACUUCUUAUCUACUCACAGCGACUUCCUUUCAACCAAUCUAUGGAAAAUUAUCUGAUAUUUUUGGUCGUAAAACAACAUUCUUAGCUGCAAUGAUCAUCUUUGAAUUAGGCAGUUUGUUAUGUGGCAUUGCUACAAAUAUGGUUUCAUUGAUAAUAUUCCGUGCAAUCGCUGGUAUCGGAGGUGAUGGUAUAAUUGGUCUCGCCUUAGUUAUAAUUACAGAUAUUGUCAGCUCCAAAGAUCAGGGAAAAUACCAGGGCACUAUUAGUGCAUGCUAUGGUGUAGCUUCCGUUGUAGGCCCUCUCUUGGGUGGUGCUUUGACUGAUCAUGUCAGUUGGAG